AUGGAAGCUAACCGCCUAAUUCAAGAGAGGUCCACAUGUUGGCAACAUUUUGAUAUGUUGUGGGUAGUAGAAGAUAAUGGGGUUGAACGAAGGCAAGCAAGGUGUAAGUAUUGUUUCGCUACACUUAAAGCCGAUCCAUCAAGACACGAGAUUGAAGAUGCGUUAACUCGACAAGAUGGUCAAGGAAUAAGUGUUGUUUUGUUCUUAAUUGUUUAA